UUGUGGUCUGUCUGUGUCAUACUUGUCAAAUCAAACUAUUUCUCAGUAAAGUAAUUUCAGUUUCAGUAUCUGGAAGAUUUUAUUUGAAAAAAACUGCGGUUCACACUGCGGUUAUUAACGUAAUUAUGAAAGAGCAGCGUUCAGAUCUAUGUUCCCGCUAUACAAAAAUACUUAUUGUUGUAAGUUGCUACUGGAUUGUGUCCAUAGCCACAGUAUUUGUGAAUAAAAGUCUUUUGAGCAGCCAGACUGUGGCAUUAGAAGCGCCGUUGUUCAUCACAUGGUUCCAGUGCAUCGUGUCGUUCACAAUAUGCUGUACACUGAGCAAUACUGGUGGAAUACCAGGGAUUUUUGUAUUUCCCAAAGGCACCCCUUGGAGCAUUGCAGUUGUUAGACAGGUUCUGCCUCUCUCUGUGAUGUUCACACUCAUGAUAGCAACCAACAACUUAUGCCUGAAAUAUGUUGGGGUACCAUUCUACUAUGUCGGCAGGUCUCUGACUACUGUCUUUAAUGUGAUAUUCAGCUACAUACUCCUGGGACAAGCAACUUCAUCCAAAUGUAUCAUGUGCUGUGGGUUUAUUAUCUUCGGCUUUUAUUUAGGGGUUGACCAAGAAAGCUUAUUGAGUUCAUUUUCACUACUAGGAACAAUUUAUGGUGUUGUUGGGUCAUUGAUGUUGUCUCUCUACUCCAUAUACACCAAGAAGGUCUUACCAGCUGUUAACCAGGAAGUCUGGCUGCUUUCUUACUACAACAAUGCCUACUCUAUCAUGUUAUUCAUACCACUAAUUGUAAUUAAUGGUGAACUGACUGCAUUGUGGAACUAUUCUAACUUUGAUAGCACUUAUUUCUGGUUCCAAAUGCUUAUUGGAGGACUCUGUGGUUUUGCCAUAGGAUAUGUCACAUCAUUACAAAUUCAGGUGACAUCACCCUUGACCCACAAUAUAUCUGGUACUGCCAAGGCAUGUGCCCAGACUGUGAUAGCCACUCAGUGGUACAACGAAUCAAAGAAUACCCUUUGGUGGGCCUCUAAUCUUAUAGUAUUAGCUAGUAGCGCAUUGUAUGCUAGGUUUAAGCAGGUUGAAAUGGAGGAAAAGUCAAGGAAACCAGUACCUGAAGAUGAAAAGAGUUUAGUAUGAUGCUUUUUGCUGAUACUAGCAUAAAUGGAAAGACUGUGUUAAGAAAUAACAUAUUUUAUGUGUUAUGUAAAAUUGUUUUAUGAAUUUUUGAAUUUGUGUUAAUAUAAUCAUAGUAACUUAAACUAUUAAAA